CAGCCUUGCCGGAGGCUUUGCUCGCACUUCUCUGGGAGCCUUCCCGGCGCGUGAGCCGAAUCCGGUGGCACCGCGGGGAAGAGACAGGACCGGGCGGUGGCGGCAGAGACAGGGGGAUGCACCCGGUGCAGAGGAUCCAAUAGGAGCACACCGCCGCAACCUCUCCCGCGCGCUCCGGUCGCCGACUCUACGCCGAUCGCCCACUCCCCGCACCUUGGACUACACCGAGAAAGAGACGCAGCCUGGCCCGAACUGGGGCGGAGAUCCUUCUUGCUUCCCAAGAGCUCGGGAGGAAGAUUAUCCCGCCGCCAAGAACCGCGCCGGACCGGAGGAACCCGUGGCCUGGAGAACGCCGGCUGUGCCAGACCCCAGCCUGAUGGAUGUCUGGUGUGGAUAAUGAGGGAAGAACGUGCCUUUUACACCCAAGAGGUGACCCCGGAGCGUGCCCCGGAUGACCCCACGAUUCGGAACGAUGCGACUAGCCUGCAUGUUCUCGUCCGUCCUGCUGUUUGGAGCUGCGGGUCUGCUCCUCUUCAUCAGCCUACAGGACCCUAUAGAGCUCAGCCCCCAGCAGGUUCCAGGUAUAAAGUUCAGCAUCAGGCCUCAGCUGCCCCAGCAUGAUAGCCACUUGAAGAUACCCACAGAAAGGGUCACACGAGAUUCACCCAGCGGGUCGCCAAGAGGCCUCCAACUGCAGGCGCCUGACCAGCCUCGACCUCACCCGAAGGCAGCGGGAUCUCCUUUGCGACUCCGGCAGCGCAGGCGAAGACUGCUCAUCAAAAAGAUGCCAGCCGCAGGGACCAUCCGAAGCAACAACUCAUCCGAAAGCUUUCUCCAGCCGAGACCCCGCACCAUGGACAGUCGUUGGGUCAGCCUGCACCAGACCCAGCAGGAGCGCAAGCGUGUGAUGCGAGAAGCCUGCGUCAAGUACAGGGCCAGCAGCAGCCGCAGAGCUGUCACUCCCCGUCACGUCUCUCGCAUCUUUGUCGAGGACCGCCACCGAGUGCUGUACUGUGAGGUGCCCAAGGCAGGCUGCUCCAACUGGAAGCGGGUGCUCAUGGUGCUGGCAGGGUUAGCGUCAUCCACUGCAGAUAUCCAACACAACACUGUCCACUACGGUAGCGCCCUCAAGCGCCUGGAUACUUUCGACCGGCAGGGCAUCGUGCACCGGCUCAGUACCUACACCAAGAUGCUUUUUGUCCGGGAACCCUUUGAGCGGCUGGUCUCUGCUUUCCGAGACAAGUUUGAGCAUCCGAAUAGCUACUAUCAUCCUGUCUUUGGCAAGGCUAUCCUGGCCCGGUACCGUGCCAACGCCUCGCGGGAGGCACUGCGGACUGGCUCCGGUGUGCAGUUCCCCGAGUUCGUCCAGUACCUGCUGGAUGUCCACCGGCCGGUGGGCAUGGACAUCCACUGGGACCACGUUAGCCGGCUAUGCAGCCCCUGCCUCAUCGACUAUGACUUCGUGGGCAAGUUCGAGAGCAUGGAGGACGAUGCCAACUUCUUCCUGCGGCUCAUCCAUGCGCCUGGGAACCUGACUUUCCCAAAGUUCAAGGACCGGCACUCUGAGGAAGCGCGGACCACAUCGCGAAUCACCCAUCAGUACUUCGCUCAGCUCUCCUCGCUGCAGCGGCAGCGAACCUACGACUUCUACUACAUGGAUUACCUGAUGUUCAACUACUCCAAGCCUUUCUCGGACCUGUACUGAGGGCGGGGCCUGCUGGUCGGGGGCGGGGUCUGCCGGUCAUGCCCACUCUUACCUGUGCAUAGGCAGCCUCCAGGGACUGAGCUCUGAGGACAUGAGGCCUUGUGACUGUGGCCCUAGGUGGGCCACAGAGCCCAGACAAUGGACUUUGAGCCCUGUCCCACACCCAUUUCCUCAUUGGGUUGGCUGAGCUCCACACCGAGCCCUCGGAUGGAUGCUCUAAGACCACUCAGCUGAGCUAUGCUCACCAGGGAAGCCUGAGGCCCAAAAGCGGGCCCCAGCGUUGAGGGAUGUCCUACAUCCCCUUAUCCUUUGCCUUGUACCAAACCGUGCGGUUUGCUGCUUUUCUAUGACCCAGAAGAGGUCUGAAUAAAGCACAUGGUUUUCAGA